GCGCGAUUGGCCUCUGGAGUGGCAGGGGCGGCGCCGGCUGGACGGCUGCGGGUCGCGGGCCGCGGGCUCCGAGUGUGCAGGCGCUGCGCUCCGGGAGCGCCAUGUCGUUCUGCAGCUUUGCUGGGGGCGAGGUUUUCCAGAACCACUUUGAGCCGGGUGUGUACGUGUGCGCCAAGUGUGGCUACGAGCUGUUCUCCAGCCGCUCCAAGUAUGCCCAUUCGUCCCCGUGGCCAGCCUUCACCGAGACCGUCCAUGCCGACAGUGUGGCCAAGCGUCCUGAGCACAACCGGCCCGAGGCCUUAAAGGUGUCCUGUGGCAAGUGCGGCAAUGGCCUGGGCCAUGAGUUCCUGAACGACGGCCCCAAGCGCGGCCAGUCCCGCUUCUGAAUCUUCAGCAGCUCGCUCAAGUUCGUCCCGAAAGACCAAGAUGCUUCUGCCUCCCAGGGACAGUAGCGGGCGAGCACUCCACGUGGCCCUUUCUGCCGCCACCAGGGAUGGACCGUGGACUUCAGACAGGGAGAGGGAGAGGGUGCCUGGGAGGCUCAGAGACUCUCGGCUCGCUCUCCUGGGGAUGCUCCUGUCUGCUGCCUUGUGCUUCCCCAUCGCACGGGCCUGGGCACCCCCCAGCCCUGAGUGGCGGUGUACCCUCCACUUUACUUCUCUUCCCCUCCCUGUCUGUCUCGACCCCCAGUGUGGGGCCCCUUCCCAAGCCAGACCCGGGCACUAUCCACGCUCGCACUCACCUCCCCCGGACCCCGAGAGAGAAAGCAGAUGAGGCACCUGUCGGCUGCCCCAGCCUUGUCACUGCAUGACCUGCUCUGGUGAAACCCUCAGGCAGCCAGAGCGGUGACAAUCUGUGACCCGCUGGGGACAGCCAGGGAGAGGUCCCGAGCCCUUCCUCAAUCUGUGCGGAUGUGGCUUGCCUCAUCCGUGCACUGGGCACAGGAAUAGUCAUGGUGCCACAGCCUUGCCCGCCGGUUGCCUCACCCCAGGCCCAGGGUCCCAACAUCGUACUUGCUUGCUGUGGUGACACUUCAGCGUCCCCUCUGGCUGGGGUCCUCUCUAGAACCAUCAUGAAAUCAAUGCAUUGCA